UACUUGUUCCCUCCGUGAUCUUGCUCCACGCAAACAAAAAUGGUGGCCGCCUGACCGUCCAUGUGGCUCCGAAGACAGAAAAACUCCGUCAUAACUUCACAUUAACUUAUCAAAUAUCCUGUAAACACACGGUGGACUCGGCGGUGAAGCUGCUAGCGGCUCUGCGAGGAACUAAAAAUGCAACACGACGACGUGAUCUGGGACAUUAUCGGGAACAAACAGUUCUGCUCCUACAAAGUCAAGACGAAGGAUCAGGGCUUCUGUCGGAAUGAAUACAACAUCACAGGGUUGUGCAACCGCUCGUCCUGUCCGCUGGCCAACAGUCAGUACGCCACCAUCAGAGAGGAGAAAGGUCAGUGUUUCCUCUACAUGAAGGUGAUCGAGAGAGCAGCUUUUCCUGCCAAGAUGUGGGAGAAGGUGAAGCUCAGUAAAAACUACGAGAAAGCUCUGGAACAGAUCGAUGAGAAUUUGAUCUACUGGCCUCGAUUCAUCCGACACAAAUGCAAACAGCGCUUCACCAAAAUCACUCAGUACCUGAUCCGCAUGCGCAAACUGGUGCUGAAGAGACAGAGGAAGCUGGUUCCUCUCAGCAGGAAGGUGGAGAAGAGAGAGAAGAGGAAAGAGGAGAAAGCUCUGAUCGCCGCUCAGCUGGACAACGCCAUCGAGAAGGAGCUGCUGGAGAGACUCAAGCAGGGAACGUACGGAGACAUAUACAACUUCCCGGUGCACGCCUUCGACAGAGCCCUGGAGCAGCAGGACCAGGAGAGCGAGUCCGAGUCUGAGGAAGAGGAGGAGGAGGAAGAUGAUGAGGACGUCGGGAAGAGCGAGUUUGUAGCAGAAGAAGAAGUGGAGGAGAGCGACCUGAGCGACUUCGAGGACAUGAACAAACUGAAGACGAGCAGCGACGAGGAGGAACAGGACGAGGAAGAGGAGUCGUCCAGUGAAGAAGAGGAGGAGGAGGAAGAGAUGGAGGUGCAGACGAAGGCCUCCAAGUCUAAAGGCAAAUCUCCGGCAAACGGCUCGGCGGCGAGGAAGAAGCGAGCGUACGUGGAGAUCGAGUACGAGCAGGAGACAGAGCCCGCCUCCAAGAGCAGAACCACGUUGUGAUGUCACACCACCUCUGCUGCCAAUCAAACUGUGUGCCGUCUGUGAGGUCAGCAGACUCCUGCCGAGGACACGCCCCCCUCCACGCUAACAGACUCGGGAUCGUCGUCGGUGUGUUUUUUGUACUCAGCCUUUUCUGAAACGGACUCUGGACCGCUCUGUUCACGUGUUAAGUGACGAAUAAAGUUUUCUGACCUCCUGAGCAGCUGCUGCUACCGUUCGCCGCCGUAGAAGCCGUGCGGCUGCUUGUUGACGGUCAGACGGCAGCAGAGACUUUUCAUCUCACUUUAUCGUUGCUAACGUGCCCCUCUCUCUUUUCUGGUCUUCAAAGCUAACAAGCUACAUGCUAACAACAGAGUUAGCCCCUCCCCCUUCCCGUGGACCACCAUGGCAUCUUAUUUCAGGAAACACAUGUACGUUGGUAGACGGCGAGAGACGACUAGUGUUUAGAUCCCGUUUAAAUUGUGUCCUGAAUGAAAACGCGUGAUGUUUGUUAGUUUAAAAAAAGAUAAUUUAAGUCAAGAAAGUCGCAUUUUGUCGUUAAAAUAUCGGUCCAAAGUUAAGUUUUAGAACACCGCCAUGUUUGUAGUUCUGUAAAUCUAACUAGUUCAAGUCCAGUGAAAAACCUUUAUAUGCAACCAAAGUGAAGCGGUAAACCAACGUUUCCGUCACCAAAACAAACACUUUCAGAGGCAAAAUUAACAAUUAAAUGAAGGAGUUUUGGUCAUUAUUUCACCGUAGGAUCAACUGAUGACCAGCUGCUCUGCCUUCAUAACUAUAUAUAAAAUUCAGUACAUAUAAAUGUUGUGAGGGCGGAUUAACAGGCCGCUCCAAGGUGUUUACUGUAGAAACGUGUUUACUUUCCUUCCACUGCUGCAGAAUGACCAAAGAAGGUAAAGACAAAGUUUAGGUCAACAAAACUAAGAAAUAAUGUAAAUUUCAUGGAUCAAUAAUGAGUUAACAACUCUGCAGCAGUGAGUAAACACCUUGGAGCAGCCUGUUAACUCUUUAACUCUCUAACUUUAUUUGGACUGUAUUCUAUAAAAUGUUAAUGAAGUCAGAGCAGCUGGUCAUCAGUAGAUCCUACAGUGAAAUAAUGAACAAAACUUGUUAAUUUAACAUCUGAAAAUGUUUUGGUGACGUAACUUUGGCAGUUUGCUGCUUACUUUGGUGCCAUUUAAGGUUUUUAACUUGACUUGACCUACUUAGACUUACAGAACUACAAACCACUGUUGUAAAACUUCUGACCGGUUCAAGGUUGUUUGUUCGUCAUUUUACAGCACAGGGCGGCAUAACAAGGAUUUGUAGUUCCUUCAUGCUACACACAACACAUCAGUUAAGCUGAUGAUACACAGGGCAAUUUUCUCAGCAAUGGUGCAGGGCAAUGUUGCUAGAUGGCAACAUUGCCCUGCACCAUUGCUCUAAAAGUUGCUCCGUGUAUCAUCAGCUUAACUGUAAGAAAAUACAUAAUUCGAACGAACACAAAGUGUUUCCCUCAGUGACUGAAGCUUCCAUGUGUAGGUGAUGUGUUUAAAGGACCAGGGGUCGUUGGAUUAAACACGUCAGGUGAGAAACAUCUGUGUGUGUGUGGAACAUAGCUAAGCUACCAGAAAUUAACGUUAGCUUAGCAUUACAGCGCUAAAAUGUUGCUGACACGUAUUGUGUGAGACGAGAGAUGUAGUUCACUGAGCGGUUUCACACAAAACUAAAUGUUACUGUACUGUUUUACGACAAACUGAGUUUCUUGACUUAAAUUCUUUUAAACUGACAAACGUGUCAUUCAGGACUCAAUUCAAACAGGAUCUAAACAUUAGUUGUCUCCCACUGUGCAUAUUUCUUUCAAAAUAAGGUCCCGUGGGACAGAAGGGAAGGACUUCAACGCUCUAUACCAUGUGGGUGUGUUAGCACCAGUUUAUUAGCCACACCGAGCUAAAGCCAGUCUGCAGUAAAUCCUCCGGAGUGAAGGUUAAAAAGUUCAGUUCGUUGGUUCAGAUGCAGAAUCAUUCUGGAGGAUUCAGUUUGUAGAGCUGCAGCGAUUAAUUAGUUGCCAACUAUCAAAUAAAUCGCCGACUAUUUUGAUAAUCAAUUAAUCAGUUUGAGUCUUUUUUUUAAGAAUUUAAAAUUUAUGAGAGUAAACUGAAUAUCUGUGUGUUGUGGACAAAAAGCAUUUGGGAAUGUCCUCUUGAGCUUUGGGAGAAAUUCUUCACCUUCUGACAUUUUAUACCUCAAACAACCAAUAGAUUAAUCAAGAAAACAAUCGUUAGUUACAGCCCAACUAUCGUGUUAUACCGAGAGGUGUUUAUAAUAUCUAAUACUUCUCAAGGACUGAACAUAACCUUCACGAAGGGAUUUAUUGCUUCAGUUUUCGCUAGAUAUUCCUAAUAAACUGAUAAAUUGAUUCAGUAUACUUUAAACACUUUUUAAAUCCUCUAAAUUCAUUUAAAGGUUCAGUUCAACCAAAACAAUAAACACCAGCUCUCUCUCGCAGCAUCUGUCCAGUCAGUUUUUCUUUCUGUCUGAAAGUAGUAAAACUACUAAAAUACAUUUAAAAAGUAAAUGAGUAGAAUAAAGAAAGCAACAUCAUUUCUCACAUUUUGCCCCAUAAAGGUGAAAUAACUUGUCCUCAAGUACUGUAUUUGUUAUUUUGAGGUACUUUUAUUUUACUUACUUAGUAUUUAAACGUUAUGCUACUUUAUAUUUCUACUCCACUCCAUUUAGUUACAUUUAAGAUUGUUACAAAAUAUAAAUCACCUAAUAAGUUUUAUUCUGCAUGAGUACUUUUAAAUGUGGUCCUUUAAGUAUAUUUUGAUAUGUAUAUUAUGAUAGUUUUGUACUUGAUCUGAGUGCUUCUUCCAACAUCACUAAUGAGUUUGGAUGGAGACUGAAAUCCAAAUAAACCAGAACUUUCUGACUGGACGGA